GACAAUGCGUCUAAUCAAACCUCGAGAGCGGCCAGUGUAGUGGUGUUCAAUUUACCAGAACGCACUCACGACAAGAGGAAAAUCUCGUGGAAACUGAAACUGAAACCCAAUCGCGAGCCGCUCGUGACGUCACAGACCACGUGACAAUACAACGGAAGUGCUUUGUUCGUUUAUAUUUUACUUCCGGAACUCCAAAACGCUUGUGCACGAGGGACGCGCGCGCGUACUCGUUUGCCUGCUGAUGGACUCAACAGGCGCCAUGGCAUCGAGCAGCCAAGCGCAAGAGCCGAGCCAGGCGAGCACGGACGGCCCGUUGCCCACCUGCGUUAUCGUGCUUGGCAUGGCAGGUUCAGGGAAGACCACUUGGGUUCAGAGGAUAACAGCCCAUCUCCAUGCCAUUAAAAAGCCUCCAUACGUUGUGAACCUGGAUCCAGCAUGCAGCGAAGUGCCUUACCCAGCCAACGUCGAUAUCAGAGACACCGUAAAGUACAAAGAAGUCAUGAAGCAGUACGGUCUUGGACCAAACGGCGGCAUCAUCACAUCUUUAAAUCUCUUCUCGACAAGGUUCGAUCAAGUCAUGAACUUGAUAAGGAAACGGAAGUCUGAACUAGAGUAUGUCAUCUUCGACACUCCUGGCCAAAUAGAGGUGUUCACCUGGUCAGCAUCUGGCAGCAUCAUUACGGAGACACUGGCUUCCGAGUUCCCGACGGUGGUGGUGUACGUGAUGGACACGGUGCGCAGCGUGAGCCCUGUGACCUUCAUGUCCAACAUGCUGUAUGCAUGCAGCAUCCUCUACAAGACCAAGCUGCCCUUUGUCAUUGCCAUGAACAAGGUGGACGUUGUGGACCACCAGUUUGCAAUGAACUGGAUGCAGGACUUCGAAGCGUUCCAAGAGUCCCUCCAGGGGGAGACCUCGUACAUCUCCAACCUGAGCCGCUCGCUCAGCCUUGUGCUGGACGAGUUCUACUCCAACCUGAGUGCGGUGGGGGUGUCGGCCGUCACGGGGAAGGGAGUGCCUGAGUUUUUCGCCGCCCUUGCCAAGGCCAGGCACGAGUAUGACACAGAUUACAAGAAAGUCUAUGAGAAGCUGAAGAAGGAGAAGGAAGAAGCCACGCUUGCCGCGCAGGAGAAGCAGCUGGAGAGGCUGAGGCUGGAUGUGGCCCAAGGGGAUGCCCUGCCCCUCAUAGGCGUCCUGCAUUCGGACGACACCGAGAUCAACGUGCAGCAUGGAUCGAGCGACGACUCAUCCGAAGAGGAGGGCCAGCCCAUGGAAGACGAGGACGAGGAAGAGAAGCGAGAGUAUGAGUCCUUCAAGAACUUCUUGGAGAGGGAAAAGACGAAGCGCCAGAAAAAGUAUGAGUCAAAGGCCAAAGAAGACUCGGGUUGACGGGGCUUUUUUGGGAUGAGAGACUCUUGUGUGUAAAUAAGACUAUCUUUGAUUCA